GAUGACAGACUUCUCUCAGAAGUUCUACUCAUGCACUUUGGCACAUUAUAAAACUAUUACGUAAUAUUUACUACUUUGUUGUUCAAACUAAUGGGUAAGCCUUCAUUAUAUUCCAAUGUUAAAAGUAAAAAAUUAAGUUUCAUACCUAUAUUCUUGUUUAAAACAAACCAAAAAAACAAACCAAAAAAUAAUUUAACCCCCCCCCCCCCCCCAAAGAACUGGAUUUUAUACUGUCAAAAUGUUACAUCAACAUACCUCAUAACCAGAAGCCCCGUACCAUAAUUCCCUUCCUGAUCACUAGACACGAUUUUCAUUUUAAGUCUUUUUGGAUAAUAGCGCCCUUAGCAAUCUUUAAAUAGCACUGAAACCAUUUGACUGGCUGGAGAUAAAGGUAUAAAUAAAGUUAAAGUCAAGUUAUGAGUUCUGUCUAGCAGAUAUUAUGCUAGCUGUGUUACGCUACAUUAGCUUUCAGUAGCUAACUAGCUUGAAUUCCUUGCUAGUGUAUGGUACACAUCCCUGGUGAUUUAAGAUUAUUUUUAUGUCAGCAAUUUAAAUGUCAAUGAUAACAAGACGACAUGGUCAUCAAUAUCCCCCGCCACAUGUGAUGGAUGCACGGAAGCACAGACGGACGGACGGAGGCCAAACCUAUAUUCCCCUUUUCCACUUCGUGGAGGCGGGGGAUAAUAAACCUAUAGAAAAGCUAUAACUACUGACAAUCUGACUUUAUCUUAAGCUAAUAAUGCUCUACUAUAUUAGCUAGCAUUAGCUUGCUGGCUUGAAUUUUUGCUAGUGUCAGUUUAGCUUCAUUGGUGAUUUAAGGUUAUUUUGCUGUCAUAAAAUUACAUAUCAACGAUAAUAAAGUUAUGGUAAGUUGUGAUGUCUAACUUGACUUUGUGCUAAGCUAAUAAUGUUAAGCUGUAUUAGCUUGCACUAGCUUAGUAGCUUGAAUUUUUUUGAUAGAGUAAGCCAAGCAUCCUUUUGUUUAGACUAGCUUUCUGUCAGGAAUUUAAAUAUGAGUGACAACAAUGAGUGAUGUUAUUUUCCUUAUAUAAAUGCUGUUGUUGUAAACUUACAUUUGUUCAUUAAUUUAAAAUGGAUGAGUAAAUUUAAUCAAAAAUCAUUUUUAUGGCUAAGUGCUACCAUUUUUGUUGCAGCUAAAGUCUCGCGAUAACAUUAAAACUGAUUUUUGUUGUUUUAAAAUUACUAUGAUGCAUUUGUAUCGCUCAAAAAUUACUUGCAAGGUAAGAUUCCACCUUUACAUUUUGUUUUCUAAUUACAAAGUUGUAGUCUGGCUUCUAAAUGUGUACCUUAAGCGUGAAUUUUGCAUGCGUAUUAUAUUGCCAUUCAAAUAAAUGUUAAGAUAAAUGAUGGUCAUGAUAAAGCAGUAAAUGUCUGUUUCAGUAACAGUAUGGUACAGUAACCGUCGGGAGCUGCACUGUGAGGAUUCGCCGUUUUUUUGAAGUUGUGAGGCAGAAACACACACAUACACACAUAAACACACACACACACACACACACACACACACACACACACACACACACACACACACACACACACACACACACACACACACACACACACACAGAGAGAGAGAGAGAGAGAGAGAGAGAGAGAGAGAGAGAGAGAGAGAGAGAGAGAGAGACCGGCGAGGAGAAGGAGAGAGAGAGGGAGAGUCGAGCCAGAGAGGGGGAGGCAGGCUACGGUUAUUUCUCUCAGGCUCCGGCCGAGCCUGUGUGGUCUCUCUACACUGUUGCUAAGGAAAUGGAUGUGCUGAAUGGAUCCGCGGUCCGGGCUCAGUCGUCCUCCUCGCCCCCUCAGCAGCCUGCCGUCUCUCACCGUGUGACUGUGUGUGUUUACAGGAAUCACUGCGAACAACGUCAGCGGCAGCUCUGCACCAGCCGGGCCAGGAAAAAAAGUCUGUGCUUGUGUGAGGUGAAUAAGAUGAGAAAAGAAGAGGGGAGUGCAAGGAGACCCACUCAGUACAAUUUCUCCUUUUCGUCUCUCUCCUCCAGUCCAGUGGCGCCGCGGCUGAGGAGCUGAGGAGCCAAGGAACUGGGGGUUUGACUGGCAGCUGGUACGACACCGAGGGAGGGGAGAGAGGCGGCUGGGCAGCGGGGUCGACGAGUCUGGCUGGCACUGGGUGAAUGCUGCCUGGAGAGGACAACGGCUGAGGCGGCAGCAGCAGCAUCAACUUGAAAAGGAGCAUGGCAUCCACGGGCAUGCAGAUAUUUGGAUUUGUGUUGGCGCUGUUGGGCAUUAUGGGUGCCAUGGUGGCCACUCUGCUGCCCAACUGGAAGGUCAGUGCAGAUGUGGGCUCCAACAUCAUCACAGCAAUCUCCCAGAUGCAGGGAUUGUGGAUGGACUGCACAUGGUACAGCACAGGCAUGUUCAGCUGCACACUGAAGUAUUCAGUGCUUUCAUUACCUGCGUACUUGCAGACUGCUCGCACCACCAUGGUGCUGUGCUGCGUACUGGCUGCCAUGGGCCUCUGCCUUGCAUCCCUGGGACUAAAGUGCACACGCUGGGGAGGUGGACGGCGCUCUAAGCGGCAUGCUGCGAUUGCUAGUGGUGGCUGCUUUGUCGCUGCAGGCUUUCUGUGUCUGGUGCCUGCUUCUUGGUUUACCAACGAGGUCAUCACCAACUUCCUGGACUCCAGUGUGCCCGAGAGCAAUAAGUUUGAGCCUGGGGGUGCAGUGUACGUUGCCUUUGUUUCAGCAGGUUUCCUCUUUGUAGGAGGGUCCAUCUUCUGUAUGUCCUGCUCGGGGAAGAGGCAUGGACCCCAGGACCUGGUCCUGCUCCCUCCCCCAGAUAAAUUGCUGCUCCAGCAGCAGCAGCAACAGCUGCUUCAGCAGCAGCAGGAGCUCCAGCACCAGUACUGCUCUCUCUCCCCAUUAGACAAUAAGACUGGCUAUAGCCUGCAGGACUAUGUGUAAUAAAACAGCUCUGUGUACGCUACGGCUAAAGGAAGACGAGCCUGAGGGGAACCAUCACAGCUUAUCCUACACACUAGGCUCUACUCCAGAUGGAGGUGGAGAAAAUGAGAGAGGAGGGCAACAACUUUGAAUUCAUUUUCCCUUUUCCUCUAUCUUGCUCUUCUCCUUUUUUUCUGUUUUGCAAGCACAAGCAGUGGAGGUAUUCCCUAAGCAGCGCCUUGGAACAAACGGUGUGAAUGUGUAAGGAGAGCCAGGAUAAGGUGCUGCAGAAUUGAAGGAAGCCGCUAACCAAAUGCAGACAUCCUUCAUCAGUAAAUCACAGAAAGAGUUCCCCAGGGAAUGGAUUAAGCAAAUAAGGAAGCCUACCGUGUAGAUUUUUUUUCCUCACCAAAGGUUUGAAUUGAAAGAGAAAAGCAAUCAUUUAGCUGCUAUUUACAAUCGUUCGGUACACUCCCAUUUGACAAAAUAGGCAAUAUAAUGCCCAAGAGCAGUAGGUGAAAAUGUUUUCAUAGCAAGCCACUGUAGUUUUUCGUAUACUUAUCCACUAGAAUGCUACGUGGAAUUGAUUGAAAUAAAUGGUCAUAUUUUUGUUAGCUACUAGAAUGAUGUUGAUAUUUUGCCUCUAAAGCAUGCUGUGUGGAGCCUGUCUGUGUAUUAAUACAGCGGAAUGCCUGGUAGAAGACUGAGACAUAGCCACACAAUGCCUGUGCCUGAAAAGCUGUAGAAACAUUACCCUGCUGUAACUGUUCAAAGAGGACUGUCAGGAGGAGGAGAUGUGGGCUGCUGGGCUGGAUUUAAGAAAGAAAAUGCAGACAAACAGAUGCCUGCGUCUCUCUCAGCAGGUGGAAAUAUGAGAGAGAUGGAGAGAAAUUGGCAGGAAGAGAUUCAUUGCUUCAGUAGAGUGGACUAUCUGGUACGCUGUUUUCAUGUUUUCAUCCCAACAAACACACAAAAAAAAACACCUUCCAGUAAGUAGCAGCUACUCAUCACAAUCCAUUCCAAACAUGCACACCCACCCACUUACACAUGCUGCUGUGUGUCUCCAUGUAGACAGUAAACACUCAGACACGCCGGCUUUUUGCAUGUGCUUUUCUCUCCUGUCAUCCGCCUCCGCACUGCCAUGGAAACGGAUUUCAGCAUUCAGAUGUCUUUAUUGUCUCGUGGUAUGUGCAUGUCAGUCAGCGAAGUUGUUUGAGGGGAGGGGGGCAUCUUUUUCUCUCACACUACUUUCACUAAUCCCCUUUAUUAGCCCAUGACACGAAGCAGCACGCCUGGUCUGAGGUUUUGGAGAAUGCUCUUCUAUGUUUAUGCCAUGCAAGCAGACUCAUAGGGAUGAAUAGAUGUUUACCGGUGCAGUGGCGGGGAGGCAAAAACAGUAGAAAAGGAGAAGCUUCUUGAGUCAUGGUCGACUGGAUAGCUGUGUGUCAGGCAGCUAGAAAAGGUUUGACUCAUUCUCCAUAUGUGACUUGUUUUCCAAGUGCGUCAGCAGUGCGCAUAUGCUACCAGUCCGCACCUGCAGAAGGUCUCAGUGUCUUAAAUUGCAUCCACUUGACUGUGUCACCAUUCCUUUUUUUACCUACCCGUCACUCUCUUCUUUUUUUACUCAAUCCCCCCUGUCCUCUUUGUGUCACAUGUCAAAUGGAUGUGGUUCCUGACCGGAGAACGCUGAUGCAUGUUGAAAGCAUGUCUUGCCGACACACGCCAGGCGCACAUUAACAAAACUCCCUCCUACUCAUGUGUCAGGAGCGUAGCUAUGCUUUCACGGCUGUUUUGCAGAGUGUAUUACCCCUUCUUUUCUGACUUAAGGAUAUGGGAGGAGUAUUGUUUUUGUGCUUGAGACAGGCCUUGGCAGUGAUCUAUAGAACCGCACAUUCUCUCCUUCUCUCUCAUAAACAUGCAGCUUCCUGGGGGAGAGCAGAUGGCUAAGCCCAGCUCGCCACCUGCAGGCUGCUGCCGGCACACCACGGACAUCUCUGUGGGUGCCGCUGGUGGCCCUGGCAGCCCUGCAGGCCCAGGUUUCCACCCCACCCAGACUGAGCCAUCUUGCCCAGCUCAGAGUUUAGCCGACAGCACUGGCCUCCUGACAAAAACUCACUGCCCAGGCAUCAUAACCAAUGCAAUAAACAAAGUAAAGAAUGUGCCAUGUCAUCUACUAAUACUGACACGUUAUGUGUUUUGAGAAUGUGCCAAAUCGUCUCACGAUGACAGGUUUUAAUAAUAUCUGGAGUUCUUUGUGUUUAUUUUUUUAUUGCGUUGUUUGUACAUGAAUUAUACAUUAGCAAAUGUUUUAUGGAUUUGUGAUUUGUUCUGCCAGACUAAGUCUCAAGUCAACUAGAUACUUGUGUACAGUCCAGUGCAGCUUUCGAGGGUUAUUUUAAAUCCUCUUUAUUCCUCAUUUCCCAAAGCACAGCAAGACUUCACUGCGUCUGAGAGUUUCAUAAGGAAGGCAUGAGUGUGGUAUUUUGUAAAUGAAAAAAUGUCUUUGUUUCUGGAAUUGGUCUAUUGUAAGUCUGUGACAACUGUACACAAGGGUCUAGGCUUUUAGGGGUUUGUUUUUACUGAGGUAUCAGGAUUCCUUCAGAUUGUUUCAAUAUAAGAUACAAUACCAUGUUCAUACCAUAUCUUCUUUAUAAGAAGACUACUCAGUGCACCUUUACUCGUGUUACUUUAUUUGACAGCAGUUUGGUUCAUAUGGCUGAGCAUUCCAAGCUCUCUGGACCAGUACAAAUACAUACUACAACUGUCACUCUGGAGAAAAGGGGAACGAUUUCUGUCUGAGAGGAUUCAGCAGGGAAUUAGGAGCUAGUGAUUUCUCUUUUUUGUGGCUGUGCAGCUUGAUCAUCAGCACGCAAUUUCAUUAGCUUAUAAAUGGCCAGAGUGCAAAGUGACUAGGUCCUAAAAGUCUAAAGAGUAACUACUCUUCUGCAUAUUACUGUACCAAGACGUUGAUUUAUCAUUUUGAUAACUGCAGCUUAUUUUUGUGGAUGCUUUAGCACUUCUUACUUUGCCAGAGCAUAUUUGUGAUGAACAGUUCACAAGUUCUGAUACAGUUGUCUCAAUGUGCUUGUGCAAGUAGUUCUAUUUUUUACCAAUAAAACUAUUUUGUGAAAGCAG